ACACCGUCUGUUGAAAUCAUACAACCAUCACAUAUCAUCUUAUCACAAAAAUGAUUCCGCGAUUAGCUUAUAAUCACAUCGCACACAUUAAUCGAGUAUAUACAAAGUGUAAUACUGUUUUUGACGUGGUCUAACUCCGUGGUUCUGUUGCUAUUUCGAGAAUGUCAUCCACGUCGUCUCCUGCUGGCAGAAAAUUAGUGCUAAAUACGUUACUGGAAACAGAUCACUACGAGAGCUUGAUCAAAGAGCUGACAUGUACAAAGUGCAAAAAAUAUAUGAAACCACCCAUCUACCUAUGUAUAGACGGACACAGUAUUUGCGGGCCAUGUUUUGAGAAGAGUUACCAAUGCCACGUUUGUAAGAAAGAAUACUCCCAAAUCCGUCCAGCGGUUCUCGAGUCUCUUGCCAAUAAGGUACUCUUUCCAUGUACCAAUAAAGGAUGUCCAAAACACGCUACCCUCCCUCAGUUGGAGCAGCAUACCCCACACUGCCAGUACCGUAUCAUAAAUUGUUUUAUGGCCAGGGUUUAUGGCGAAUGCACAUGGGAAGGUCGAGCCGGGGAGUGGAUGGACCACUGCUUCGCGGAGCAUAAGAAAAGGGUCACUGAGCUGCCGUUCAUCACCGUCAAAGACAAAUGGGAUGCCAAACGAACGGAGCCGGUGCUCAACUAUUUUCUAUUGAAAUGCUAUGACAAAGUGUUUAAUGUUUAUCAGAUUUAUGAUAAAAGAGGAGGUAGAAUGAUGUGGACAGUACUGGUGAACGAUGAUCAAGCGGAGAAAUUCUAUUUUGAAGUAGACAUUUUCCUAACGAACAUGCCAAGCAAAAGGAUUAUUUACAGACGCCCAUGCAAAUGUGAAAAAGACGCUGAUUUUCUAGAGCACACCCAAAACAUUUACAUUCCAGUUGAAAAUGUUUUUUCUAUGCUGGACGAAGGCGAGUGUAUGAAUUUUACAGUCAGAAUUGGGGAAGUCGAAAAUUUAGAGCUGCUGGAAACACCUACGGAGAGUGAAAGUAUGAUUUUGCUGAACAGCAAUGAAGUUCCAAAUGAGAAUGAAACUCAUUAAACUUUCAAACAGUUAUGAAUAAUACAGAAAAUAAAUAAUUACGUUUAAAUUAAAUAUCUAUAAUUUAAAUUAAUUGUAUAAAAUAAAUAUUAAAAAAGGAAAAGUUUGUAAAAAUAUACGGAAAUUUAUUAAUCAUCUUUAGUUGGAAUGAAUUUGAGUCAAUUUGGCAAACUGGUAUAGUCGCGGAUUACAACUAGUGAAAUGCUCAUAACUAUAGCAACCUAAUAUUUAUACCCAUUCUAAAUGAAAUAUCCCUACUAUCUCGGUAUACAAAUUCGUUCCUAAAUUACCUGCAUCCAUCAAAUCCAGUUCGAAUAACAUUUUUGUAGCCAUCACUCUACCUCAUGAUUGUCACAAUUGUUAAUAGUUUUUCGACUAGAAUUAUUUUGUUUAAAUUAAAUUUAUUUUAACAAAAUUAUAAUAAAUAACCAGUGA